AGCCAAUUGGGCAAAGAAAAUGGACAAGUAAAGCAGUAGCUUCCACUGUCCAGUUCCCUCUUCUUCUCCGCCACACAGCGUUCAAAGUUGUUCCACGAAACAACAACAGCUCGUCACCAGCUGUAUUGUAGGGCUAAUUCUUCCUUCCAUCAUGGCUUUUUUUGGCCCACCACUAGCAUUUACAGCAGGUAAACCGAAAGCUAGCUUUCCCCCAUCAUUAAUUAUCCUCCAAAAUGGGUGAAUUGUGAGACCAAAUAGUUGUGUGCCGGCCGGACCAUUUUGGUCUGCCGCUGAUGGGCAGAGCAGAGGAGGCCGGGCAAAAUUUGACUAAUUCAAUUGCCGGUCCCAUCCCACUUGGUUAAAAACUUUAAUCAUAUUCUGGGUCUUCUUUUCCCCACCUCUUUCCCUGUGAUCUGCAGUGUGAAAAUUCCCCUGUGGCAGGUGAUUUGAAUAGAAAAUCAAUUUCCCUGUUUGCUCUGCUCAUUGCUGCCUGCUACUGUGUACAUCAACACCUCACUUUCUCUCUCUCUGUCUCACUCUGAAAGCAUUAGAUUUCGUAAUUUAAUGCGGAGAUUUUUCAGCUUGUUAAACAAUUCCAUUGUUUGAAAACUCAAGUUGGGCGGAUUUGGGGAAGGCGAGGGAGAGGGGGAGAAGAAAAAGAGGCAGAGGUAGGAGACGCCGAAAAAAACAAAACUUUUGGGGAAGAAAGAUAGAAAGCAGUGUAUUAGCUUUGGAUUCUCGGUCGUGGAGAUGUACUGUGGUGGUGGGAUUGAUGGGUUGUGGGCUCAUUCGAUGCUUUUCGGAUAUGAAAGAGUUCCCAGGGUUUUGAGAGAUAAUGACACUUAAGUCUCGGGUUCAAAACUGGAAGCUUCGAUUUAGUGUGAGGUUCAGGAAAAUGAUGAAGUGUAUGCGCUCUGGGGAGCAGUUGGGAGUCGAUGAUAUGGCUGCUUCGUCUUCUGAGUCUUUGGCAACUAGAGACUAUUCAGCAAGUGGCUAUUCGUCUCGGGCUGCUGAGGUUGAUUCCAAGCUUGAUAAUAGCAACAUUGAAGAAGCAGAGUCGUCCCUUCGUGAGAGUGGGUUUCUAAAUUAUGAGGAAGCAAGAGCAUUGUUAGGGAGGCUGGAGUAUCAAAAGGGAAAUAUUGAAGGUGCACUUCAUGUCUUUGAAGGAAUAGACAUAGCUGCAGUGACUUCUAGGAUGAAAGUCGCAUUAUCUAAGAAAUUGGAUCAUCAGAAUAGGCGCCGGUCCCAAAGUGAUCCUGCUCCACCCAUGUCCAUGCAUGCCAUCAGCUUGCUUCUCGAGGCUGUUCUUCUCAAGGCAAAAUCAUUGCAGGGUCUUGGAAGGUUUUCAGAGGCUUCCCAGUCUUGCAAAAUAAUUUUGGACACUGUUGAGUCUGCAUUGCCAGAUGGUGUAUCAGAACAAGUUGCUGCAGAUUUCAAGCUGCAAGAGAUUCUGAACAAAGCUGUUGAGUUGCAACCUGAGCUGUGUAAGCUUGCUGGGUCACCUGAAGAAGCUAUAGUAGCGUACCGACGUGCCCUCCUCUAUUACUGGAAUCUGGAUACAGAAACGACUGCUAGGAUACAGAAAGAAUUUGCCAUUUUCCUUUUGUAUAGUGGGACGGAUGCAAUUCCUCCAACGUUGCGUUUCCAAAUGGAAGGUUCUUUUGUCCCAAGAAACAACAUUGAAGAGGCAGUCCUUCUGUUGCUGAUUCUGUUGAGAAAAUUUGCUCUCAGGAAGAUCGUAUGGGAUCCAACAGUCAUGGAUCAUAUAUCUUUUGCAUUAUCUGUCUCGGGGGACCUAAGGGCGCUUGCUUAUCAGGUGGAAGAGUUGCUUCCAGGGACUACCGAAAGGCAAGAGAGAUUUUGUACUUUGGCUCUUUGCUAUCAUGGAGAAGGUGAUAAUGAAGUUGCCCUAAAUCUUCUGAAGAAUUUCCUGAAGGACAGAGAGAGUAAGAACUGCAACAUGGAACUAUUGCUUGCUUCUAAGAUAUGUGCAGAGAAUUCAAUGCAAGUUGAUGAAGGGAUUAAUUAUGCAUGCAGAGCUCUUUGUGACCCUGGAAGAUGUGUCCAAAUAGCAAGCAUUAGUAACUGCCUCUUGGGUCUUUUACUAUCGAAUAAGUCAAGAUUGGUUGCUUCUGAUUCCGAAAGGGUUGUAAAGCAGUCUGAGGCAAUUGAGAAGCUUGAACUUGCAGAGCGGACGAUGAAAGAGAAAGACCCGUAUGUUGUAUUUCAUCUGGCGCUAGAAAAUGCUGAGCAGAGGAAGUUAGAUGCUGCACUGACUUAUGCAAAGCAGGCUUUAAGACUGGAAGCUGGGUCUUCCACAAAAACUUACGUGCUUUUGGCUAGAAUACUGUCUGCUCAAAAAAGGUUUGUUGAUGCUGAGACUGUGAUCUGUGCUGCUAUAGAUCAGACCGGUAGGUGGGAUCACAGUGAGCUGCUGAGAACAAAGGCGAAAAUCCAAGUAGCACAGGGCCACUUAAAGAGUGCAAUUGAGACAUACACUCACCUUCUUGCCAUUCUCCAAGUUCGAACUAAAAACUCUGGCAUGGAGAAGAAACCUCACAAGGUAUGGUGACUUACUUGGCACUCUUUAUGCAGUAAGAAUGACAAUGGGGUGGCUAUCUUAAUAACACACCCUCACCGCACUAAGCAUGUUCUGGUUGGGAAAUAUCCGUGAGACACAGAGUAGCAGGAACAGUGAUAGGAAGCUGGAGAUGGAGACCUGGCAUGAUCUAGCUAACGUAUACACGAGCAUGUCUCAAUUGCGAGAUGCUGAGGUCUGCCUUUCGAAAUCCAUGGUUAUCAACCCGUUUUCUGCGUCACGAUGGCACUCCACAGGCGUACUGUAUGAGGCGAAGGGAAUGCACCAAGAAGCACUGGAAGCAUAUAAAGCAGCAUUAGAUGCCGAGCCAACCCAUGUCCCGAGCCUGAUAUCCACUGCUUGUGUCCUCAAAUGCCUCGGGGUCAACUCAUUGCCGGUCAUCAAGAGCUUCAUCACCGAUGCCCUUCGAUUCGACAAACUGAACCAUUCUGCAUGGUACCAGCUUGGAUUGAUCAACCAGGCUGAUCCGAGUGCAUCAGCAACCGAUGCCUUGGAAUGCUUCGAGGCUGCUGCUAUGCUGGAAGAAACUGCACCUGUGGAACCAUUCAGAUGACCCCGGCUAGGUGCAGCUUUGUGGCGCUCUAUAAUUAAGCACAGUUAAGGUGUACAUUGUAACUUUGAAGAUGCAUUUCCCCCCAUAUAAUCUGUCAGGCAUUAGUAUAUGAUGAUAUACAUAUUAUAGUACCAAAUAGAAGGGGAAAAGAAAAGAGGAAACAAUGAUGAAUCAAUAUUUGGCAUUGUUGUCUAUUUUUCACAGGUUUGAGUGAUUUAUUUAGUUCCCCUUUUGUUGUGAAAGAUUUCUUCAGAUAAGCAGAUGUAUGAUUGAUAACAGAAAAGAAUGGGUGUAAAUUUGUAUCAGAAUCCAACAACCUUUGUGCCCUAGAUAGACUAUUGUCUCGAUGUCGACAGUAUCUCCACAAUUAUCCAAUCGAAAU